AUGCCAUCCAUCCCCGAGGCAGAACUAAUCCGCCUCCAGGCGACCCAAGCCCACGUCCGGAAUAUCUGUAUCCUGGCCCACGUCGACCACGGCAAGACCACACUCUCAGACUCUCUCCUCGCCUCCAACGGAAUCAUCUCCUCAAAGCUUGCAGGAAAAGUCCGCUUUCUGGACUCUAGGGCGGACGAGCAGGAGAGGGGGAUUACGAUGGAGAGCAGUGCUAUCUCGUUGUAUUUCAAGAUUCGGCGUCGUGUCGCGGCUGCUUCUAUUGCUGCGGCUGCUAACAAGGCGGCCGCGUCAGCUGCGGUGACUUCGGGAAAUGUCACGGAUCAGAGCAACGAUACCACCACCGCUACAACAGCAGCAGCAGCAAAGGAAGAGGAUAGUGCGGCAAACAGUGGGACGUCGACACCUGCAGACUCGGUUGCGGAGGAGUACUUGAUCAACUUGAUUGAUUCGCCAGGACAUGUGGAUUUCUCGGGAGAGGUUUCGACGGCCUCCCGGCUCUGUGACGGAGCCCUCGUCCUCGUCGAUGCCGUCGAAGGUGUUUGCACCCAGACGCAUACGGUGUUAAGACAGGCAUGGAGGGAGUCGGUACGUCCAGUACUGGUAAUCAACAAGAUCGAUAGGCUGAUUACAGAAUUGCAGUUCACACCCUUGGAGGCCUACCUCCAUCUCAACAAGAUCCUUGAGCAAGUCAAUGCCGUCAUGGGAACCUUUUUCUCUGAGAACGUCCUCGAAGAAGACUACAGGAAGAAGGCCGAGAAGAAGAAAGAUCAGGAAGGAAAGGAAGAAAAGGAAAGCACGACGGGAUUAGAGGACAUGUUCUCGGACUGGCACGUUGAGACCCAGGACGAUUCACACAUCUACUUCCACCCAUCCCAGGGCAACGUCAUCUUUGCCUCUGCCAUCGAUGGUUGGGCGUUCAGAGUGGACCAGUUUGCGGCGAUAUAUGCGCAGAAGCUUGGGAUGAAGGAAGGGGUGUUGCGCAAGUGUUUGUGGGGUGAUUUUUAUCUGGAUCCCAAGACGAAGCGGGUGAUCGGGUAUAAGGGUCUGAAAGGCAGAGCAUUGAAGCCCUUGGCGAUUCAUCUUGUGCUGGAUAACGUCUGGAAGGUCUAUGAUGUCGUUGUUUGCAACCCGGACAAGGAAAUGACGGAGAAGGUGGUAAAGUCGCUGAACUUGAAGGUGCUGCCGAGAGACAUGAGGUCUAAGGAUACCCGAGCAGUGUUGACAACCAUCUUUUCACAGUGGCUCCCUCUCUCGACAUGUGUCCUCUUGGCAGUCGUGGAACAACUCCCCUCCCCUGCAGCAGCACAAAAGAUCCGGAUGCCCAAGAUGUUGCACCCCUUCGAGACUACACCCCCUGAGCCCACCGAGGAUUGGGAGAAGGGUAUGGUCAACUGCGACCCUGCCUCGGGAGUGGUUGCCUAUGUCAGCAAGAUGGUCAGUGUGCCACUGGAUGUCUUGCCCAAGAACAAGCGCAAGACUUUGUCGGCCGAGGAGAUGAGGCAGCGAGGACGUGUGCAGCGGGAUCAGCUGGUAGCGGCAGCCAAAUCGGCCGAGUUGGGUGAGGUCGGAGUGCAUUUGGAUGUGGAUGAGGUGAUUGCUAACAGGUUGCAGAAGGAGGCGGAGGACAAGGCCGCGGCUGAGGAACUUGAGGGUAAAGAGGUUCUGAUUGGAUUUUCGAGAAUAUAUUCUGGAACUGUCCGUGUUGGACAGAAGCUGAAGGUUUUGGGACCCAAGUACGAUCCUGCCAACCCGACCCAGCACUGUAGUGAGGUCACUGUCGACAGUCUGUUUAUGAUCAUGGGACGGGAUCUGAUUGGACUGGACCAGGUGCCCGCAGGAAACGUUUUUGGUAUUGGUGGACUGGAGGGCCAUGUGUUGAAGUAUGGAACUCUUUGGAGUGCCGAGUGGGAAGGCGGUCAGAACUUGGUCGGAAAAGGUUUGGAGACGACGCCUAUUGUCCGUGUUGCCCUGGAGCCCGAGGAUCCCUCACAGAUGGCGCAAUUGGUCAGAGGUCUGCAGUUGCUCAACCAGGCAGAUCCCUCGGUCCAGGUGUUGACUCAGGAGACAGGAGAGCACGUUAUUCUGACCUCGGGAGAGGUGCAUCUUCAGCGGUGCAUGGCUGAUUUGAGAGAGCGGUUCGCCAGGAUCGAGAUCUCGAUGAGUGAGCCUAUUGUUCCCUUCCGUGAGACUGCUGUGAACGCACCCGCACAGAUUGUGACCUCGAGCGCGAUGGCUGUCAACGAAGCUCAGGCCAGGGACCAGGGCGAGAAGUUGAUUGCCAAGAGCGAUACGGGAGCCCGUGGAACCAUUGUUGCGACAACCGCUAACCGCCAUGUUAGAUUCGUCGUCCGAACAGUCCCCAUCCCUGAAGAUCUCAAGAAGUACCUAUUGGACCAUGCGGAGCAAAUCCAGACCUAUGUCGAAGACAACGGCGGCAACGCUAACGCCAAGAACAACUCUGGAGCAGCAGUUUUGUUGGGAGAAGUCGAGACUGGAGAGAAGGCCAAGGCACAAAAGAAGCUGUUGGAUGGGCUGACACCGUUGUUUGCGCAGGCCGGCGAGGACUGGAAGGGUCGUGAGAAGGAUAUCCUGGCGUUUGGACCUCGUCGUGUCGGACCUAACCUGUUGAUCAAUCAGCUCGGAUUCGACUUUUCUCGUAACCGCGGCAACAACUCUAACACUACCGAUGCGGAGGAGGGCGGUAGCAAUGGGGGAAUCACGGUGCAGGAUAUGGCCGAGUCGAUUCAGACCGGGUUCCAGAUUGCGACCAACGGAGGACCUCUGUGCGGGGAGCCCAUGCUCGGAAUGGCGUUCUUCUUGCAGGAGAUUGAGAUUCUGGAUUCUUCACAGGAGGUUGGAGGUGAGGGACGAUCCAAGAUGGCGGUGUCGAGUGGACAGGUGAUCACGAGUAUGAGGGAUGCCUGCCGACUCGGCUUCCUUGAAUGGAGUCCCCGUCUCAUGCUCGCCAUGUACUCCUGCGACAUCCAGACUACCGCUGAGGUGCUGGGUAAGGUGUACGCAGUCAUCGCGCGCAGAAAGGGCAAGAUCCUCCACGAAGAGAUGAAAGAAGGCACACCGUUCUUCUCCAUCCAAGCCCUCCUCCCUGUUGUCGAAUCGUUUGGGUUCUCGGACGAUAUCCGCAAACGGACGUCUGGUGCCGCGUCCCCGCAAUUGAUUUUCUCGCAUUUCGAGGUGUUGGAUAUGGAUCCGUUCUGGGUUCCUAAUACGGUUGAGGAGUUGGAGGAUUUGGGAGAGAAGGCGGACAGGGAUAAUGUUGCAAAGAAGUAUAUGGAUGUGGUGAGGAAGCGGAAGGGUCUUUUUGUGGAGCAGAAGAUUGUUGAGCAUGCUGAGAAGCAGAGGACUCUGAGGAAGAAUUAG